CCCUGACCCGCUUCGUUUAUUUUUAUUUACAAAAUGUCUGAAGAAAAGAAUAAAUACGGUGUUCCCGACAAAUACUUGCCGUUGGCAAUUAUCAUCCCAGCGGUAACUCCUCUUCUUACAGCCAUUGUGGCUCUUUUGGUCCUUCACUAUAGAAGGAGACACCCGAAAGUAAGCCAAACAGCAACAAAAGAACAAGGCGAAGCCUUUAAGGAGAUGUACGAGGCUAGUGCACCAGGCCCUUGGGCUAUAUUGGAGCCCCCCAAGUCGCUAACUUUAAGAUGCCUCAAUAGAAUAUCGGAGCUACAAAUGUUCUGCUGCGGCGGCAUUUGGAAAAAGCUGAAGCAGGACUCUCAGCGAGCUCAGGAUCCCGAUGUCACCUGCUACCUUAAUAGAAUCUUGAGCCCACAAUGUGCUUUGUAA